CCAUUUCUGUGAGCUUUUGUACAAAGUCGUGUGUGUGUAGUUAGUGAAUAUUUUUUAUUAAUUUAGAAUAAUAAGUGAAUGAAACAGUAAAUCAACCGUAUUCCUUAUUAAAGGUAGAAACAUAUAAUAUCUAAACCUAUAAAACCAUAGCCUUAGCCAUUAUAUAUAUGCAAUGAUGAAUGAAUAGAACUAUUGUAUAAGGACAAAAUGAGGUUCACCUUAUUUUCAAUAGCGCUGCUACUCUGCGGUGCGCUAGUCACUCAAGCUUAUGAAGACUCUAAUUUAGAGGAUGAUGAUUUUGCAGAAUUUGAACAGUUUGAGGCUGAUGAUGAGGCAACUGUGAAUGAUUUCAGUGAAGAGGCCAAAGAGGUACCAAUUCAGAAGUCCAAAGAGCCAUUCGAUACUGCCGACGCGGCUGAUGAAAUUCUAGCGGAGGAGGAGGAAGACAAUGAGUUUGAGCACUUCCAGGACCCGGAGGAGUUUGAGGGCCUGCCGGAGAGCACUACUCCUCGCAGCUCUGAACAACCAAAGAUUACUAUUUCUAAGGUUCCUAUAACAGUGCGCCCGCGCUGGGACGCCUACUGGCUGGAAGGCACCCUGUGCUGCCUCCUCGCCGCGUACGCGCUGGCCUACGCUGUGGGCCGCGCCAAGAACACCUCCAUCGCUACCAACUUCUUGAAGCUGCAUAAGCCUCUGUUAGACGACAACUUCACGUUAGUUGGUGAGACCGGGCUGGACGUGGUAGCGGCGACGGACGAGCGCGGGUGGAGACGGGAGGCGGAGCAUUGUUUCACCAUGUGGUGCAGCGGGAGGGUCUGUUGUGAAGGCAUGCUGCUUACUCUCAAGCUGAUCAAGCGUCAAGACCUUGUACACGUGUUGCUAGGACUAGUGAGACCCACUCCAGACACACUCCACAUUCGAGUGGAACUCGGCAAAGACGACAGCGACCCGUUCGUGCUGUGUGUAGCUCAGAAGAAGAUCGCCACCAAACUGGCCAAGGAGAUGCAGGACCUGAGCGUGUUCUGCCCCGAGCGACGGGCGGGCGACAAGCACGGCCUGCCGGCGUCACUCGCCGUGCUGUCGGAGAGCGCGGAGGCCGCGGCGGCGCUCCUCGACGCCAGGGUGACCGCCGCCCUCACUCUGUACCACGCGCACGUGCAGUACAUACACAUCUCCGACAGAUACUGCGGCCCCAAGCAGAUGGAGGAGCAAGCGGUGACGAAGCCGCCGGUGACCGAGCGAGUGAUGCUGGUCAGCCUCGCGCUGGGGCCCGACGGCGGCGGACAGGAGCUGCGGCCGCUGCUGCUGCUGCUGCUGCAUCUGCUGGAGAAGAUCAAGCGGCUGAGACUCAGCAAGGAGGCGCUGGCAAAGUGUGAGAAGCGUCGUUGGAAAGUGGCGGAGGCGUGGAUGCGGGGGGCGCACGCCGCGCGCGCUGAGCAAGCGGCGCUGCGCCGGGAGGAGAAACGCAAGCAAGAGAAAGAGAAGAUUCUCGCGGAGGACGACCCUGAAAAACAGCGUCGUUGGGAGCUGAAGGAGCAGAAACGCGAAAAGAAACGCAAGACUCCUAAAAUGAAGCAACUCAAAGUAAAAGCAAUGUGAAAAUAGUAGCAAUCAGUCAAAUGCAUUAUUUACAGUGGUUUUUAUUUAUACUUAAGUGUUACAUACUCAUGGAUGCGAAUAAAUGAUUUUAAGUUC